GUUCGAGGCAACUGAAGUUGAGGAUUCGUCAAAAGACGUUUAUUUACGAAAGUUCUCUAAGUUACAGACAUGUUCGUAUAUUUUUUACUUUUUUGUUUGAUCUCAGAAGGUCUUGGAGAACCAGCAGAAGUUCUAUUGGAAUACCAGGACAGUUUUGGUCAGUACAGUUUUGGCUACAGUGCACCUGAUUCAGCUAGAUCAGAAGUAAGAUCAAGUGAUGGCUCCACACGUGGUGUUUUCAGUUACAUUGAUGGAUCAGGAAUAAUUCAAACUGCCAAGUAUACAGCUGAUAGCGUAAAUGGUUUCAAAAUUGAAGCAAGUAAUUUACCACAAGCUCCAAAGCCAGUUGAAGAGACUCCUGAAGUUAAAGCUGCUCGGCUUGAACAUCUUCGUGCUUAUGAAGCAGCAAGAAAAGAUGCAGAAAAUGAACAAGAACAAGCGAGUAAACAGGAUAAUAAAAUAAAGCAAAAGUUAGUGAAAAGCUCAACUCAGCAAAAUACUGCAGAUAAUAAAAUGAAAGAGCAACAAACUUCGACAUUAAAUCAACUGCCACAGGUUUUAAAGAUAAAUACCAUGAACAGGGAUCAAACAUCUAAUGUGCCCUUUGUGGCAACUUCUUUCAUCUUACCCAGCAGUAAUUCUAAUUUACAAAACCGGAUUAAUUUAAAAAGUACAGAUUCAUCUUCCAGUACAUCCACAGAGUCAAUAAUUCAAGGUAAAGGGGAUAUGAUGAAAAAGGAUGAAACUGAAAAGGAUGAUUCAAAAUUAACACAGAUUAGUCAAACGCAGCUUCAUCAACUUGAUAGUUCUCCUUCUAUUGUCUCAAUCCCAUCGUAUAGAAUUCCUGUCUAUUCUUAUAACCAACGUCUUCAAUUUAUUCCGUCUUACUACUAUUACUGAGUUGAUAUUGUGUACUAAAACUUUGAUUAGUAGUUUGUUAAUUAAAUAAAUUCAUUUUCAUUUUAUAA